GUGUGUACACACUGUAGCUACAACACGACCAUUUUUUUGAGGCGAUUUCGAUUCUUCUCAUAAGAAAACACAUUUAUUUUGAGCAACUAAAUAUGUGUGUGUGCCGUAUGCGUGUGUGUGCGUGAAGAAUUAAAAGAAUACUUAACACAAAAAAAUAACAAAUAAAAAAAGACAACAACAAUUAGUGAAUUAGUUGUGCGCGCAUAAAAUGGGUUAAGCAAUUCAAUUGCGGCAAGUGAAAUGGAAAUGGACAUGGACUGUUUCAAACCGCAUUCGCUCGUGCCAGAGAAAAAUCGUUCACCACCUCUAACUCAGUGUCCUGCCGCUGCUUCUAGUUGGUGCUGCGCUGCCCUCUGCCUCAGCCGCUGCUCUGCCACUGUCUGUGCUCUACGCACGCAUCGAUUUGGGCUAAACGUUAGAUACCUCCUAACGCAGUUUGUUAGGGUGGAAAAAUAUAUAAGUACAUAAUAAUAAAAAAAAAAGGCAAAGAAAAGAAAGGAAAUGCUGUGCAUUUUUCAAUUAAUUCAUGCCCCAAUCAAUGUAACGAAUUCAAGUGCAAUAUUAACAAAACGAACUAAACAAUAAAAAAAAAAAAAACAGCAGCAGCAGCAACAACAGCAACAACAACAAAACGCCAACACGGUCGCAACUCGAGCAGCAAAACAAAAAGGCCAACAAAUAAGAUAGAAAAUAAGUAAUCAAAAAGGAGAAAAAAUAGAUUUUUUGUCGUAGAAAUCUAUAAAAGAGGCGGCAGUGUAGGCAGGCGGCAAACAAAUUAGGCAGCAGCGUUUCAAGCGGGCAUUUUGAUAGAACAGCUUCCAUAUGAAGACCAUGUCGCGCUUUGGCUUGCGCCGUGGCUUCAAAUUUUCCGAGGAGCAGCAGCAGGUCAAUGGCAACAAUAACAAUAAUAACAAUAACAAUAAUAAUAAUAAUGGGAAUCCAAUUGGACCAACUGCACAAAAACUGGCAACGCCGCCACGCAAAAAACGCAAUCAUAGCCUGCCCCGAGAGCAGCAAUUGGAACCAAUUGAAGUGGAAGCGGAACUGGAAAAAGUGAACAAGCAGCAGAAACAGCACCAGCAGCAGCAACAACAACAACUGUCUGCCUCGCUGGUAUGCAGUGUGCCUCUGGAGCGUUUGCCGCGUCUCGUUGAAAAGUUGCACUUGCUGCAACAGCAACAACAGCAACAGCAACAACAGCAACAGCAGCAACAACAACAGCAACAGCAGCAGCAACGCGAACUUGAGGAAUAUUCAGCAACGGCUUUUAUCAAAGUUCUAUGCUUGUACUGUGAUAAGAAGUUCGCGUCCAGCAAGCUGCAGUCCAAGCAUGUGGAUAAAUUUCAUACGGAACGUAAAGAGCGACGCUGCAGCAAUCGUUCCACCAACAACAAUAACAACAGCAACAGCACUCACAGUUCCACUCACGCCCACUUUCCGGGCUGUCAGCACUGCAACAAAUCCAAGUCGCAAACGCUGCAGCCACCAAUUUGUCUGCCCGCCAAACAGUUGGAGCAACUAUUUGUCCACCUGAUUGCCAGCCAUGCGGACAAAUACUUUGGUUGCCAGCAAUGCCAGUUGCGCUUCAAUGAUGCUGCCCAGCUGCACAGCCAUAUGCGCUUGCUGCACCAGCAACAGUUGCAGCAACAGCAGCUGCAGCUACAACAGCAACAGCAACACCAGCAACAGCAACAGCAACAGUUGCAGUCACAGUCACAGUCACAAUCGUCUUCUAUGAUUGGCGCUGAGGAGCCGGUGCUCUUUCGCUUGGGUCUCACACAGAAUCGUCUGCCCGGGCAGCGACAACGCAAUCGCAACAACAACGCAACAGCUGCAACAAAGCAGCAACAUCAACAGCAGCGCAGCAGCAGUCGUGCAGCUAGCGACAGGCAGCGGCAGCAGCAGCAGCAGCCACAGCAGCACAACUCCAAUAAUGUUGCUGCUGCAACAGCAACAACGGCUGCCAGCAGCAGCACAGCAACAACUACAGCUCCAAUAGCAGCAGCAGCAGCAGCAGCAUUAUCAUCAUCAUCGUCAUCGUCAUCCCACGUCUUUGAUGACAACUUCUAUCAGGAUGUGGUGCUCAACGUGCGUCACAAUCUGCAGCAUUAUCUCGACGGGCGCCUGCGCAGCGGCCCGGCACCACCGCAGCCGCCCACUGCUGUUGGUGCUGGUGCUGCUAGCGUUGUGGCUGCCAGCAAUCCGCAACAGUUGGCGCUGUGCAACGCCGCAUAUCCUACAUUGCUGACGGCGGAGCAGUUCGGCGAUGGCUUGGGCCUGGGACUGGAAGCCUUGCCGCUGGCCAAGGCAGCGCGACGACCGCACACCAAGCACAGCUGGAAGUGGAAAUGGGAUUACGUGAAGAAGUUCACGAUUGUCAACGAGGGCGGGCGGCUGGUCAAGAAGCUAAAGCAACCGUUUAUGGGCCUGCGCGAUUUGUCGCGCCUGGACAUGUGGACGCAGCUGACGAUGCGCCAGAAGCACGAUCUGGAGCAGCAACAGCAGCAGCAGGAGCAACAGCAGCAGCAGCAGCAGCAGCAGCAGCUGGAGCAACAGCUCGAUCAGCAGCAACAUUUGCAGCAGCUGCAUUUGCUGCUGGAUCGCCGUCUCCUGCCGCACAUAAUGCUGGAGCAGAACGAGCAGGCCAUUAUCAAAGAGGAGCAGCCGGACCAGCAACAGUUGCUGCAACAAUCGCAGCAGCAGCAGCAGAACCAACAGCUGUUGCCAGCGCAAGCGACCUCUGAGCAAAACUUCUUAACGUUGUUGCAGCUGCAGCCAAAACGACAGCAGCAACAGCAACAUCAACGUCUCCUAACAACAGCAACAGCCACAACGACAACAACACUUGUGCUCAGCGGCGAGUGGGCGCGUCCUCGUUUAUAUUUAUGCAUCUGCUGCGGCGCCAAGUUCGAGCAGCGCAAGGCGCUCGAGGAGCACAAAACCUUUCGCCAUUCGCACAUCUAUGCGACGCACUAUGAGCUGGUCGGACGGGAGCUGCUGGCGGGCAACUUGUUGCGGCAUCUAUUUAUGCCCAAGCGUGCGCUGAGUCGCUAUGCGGCCGAGCAUUGGCAGCAGCAGCAACAGCUGCAGCAGCAGCAGCAGCAACAGCAACAGCAACAGUUGCUGCUGCACAAGCAGGAGCGUACCAUUGUUGAGGACGAAGCCAUAUCCAGUUCAUCCAAUUGUUCGGCUGUGUCGUCUGCCUUUGGCAGGGGCCGAGUGAGCGGAUCGCCGUGCUCCACGGCAACGGCAACGACAGCGACAACAACAGCAACUGGCAAUAGCAAUACCAGCUGCAGCAGCAGCAGCAACAACAAUUCAACAUCGGUGGAGGACAACGACAGCAGCGAUAUCAAGGCGAACGCCUGCUCCCCGGCCAGCCUCAGCAACAGCAAUAGCAACAGUCACAGCUACAGUAACAGCAACAGUUGCAGCUAUAGCAGCGGCAACAGUUGCAGCUGCACAAAAUGUGGCCGCAAGUGCAGCGGCCUGAUGGAUCUCUAUCGGCAUAUGCUCGACUGUUCGGGUGAUUACGUUUGGUCGCUGGCCAAGAAGCGCAAAUACCGUUACUAUUGUGGCUCCAAGAAGCGACGCACUGCCUGCAACAAGCCCGCCAAGCAUUUUGCUCAGCUGUUGCGCAAGAACAACAAGAAGGUUAAGAAACAGGUGCCAAUGCCAGCCACUGGCCAAAAUCAGGAUCAGGAUCGGGAUCGGGAUCGGGAUCGAGAUGGGGACCAGGAGCAGGUGCAGGCGAGCAACAAUAAUGAUGCGUCCGAGGAGAGUUCCAAUUCAAAUUCCAAUUCGAAUAAGACGAAAACACCGCCGCGUCAACGACCCAGCGAUGCUGAAUCGAUACGCAAAAUGCUUGAGAAUUUGCCGGCGAAACGCGUGUGCAAAAAGAUCUUUCCGAUGGACAACAAGAAACGAUCGAAGAAGCAGGGCAAACCCAAUAAGAAGCUGCAAUCGCGCAAUGCCAAGAAGCUCUACAAUCAUCAUCAUCAUCAUUUGCACCAUCAUCACCAUCAUCUGCAUCAUCAUGCGCUGCGUAACACGCGCUCACGUCUGGUGCGCGCCAAGCCGGCUGCAGCAGCUGGAGUAGCCACAGUAGCCACAGUUGCUGGCGAGCAGCAGCCGCAGCAGCAACAGCAGCGAAAUCGCCGCAAGCCGCAGCAGCAGGUGAAAAUAUUGCCAGCAAUUGACGGGCCAGUCAGCACAGCAACAACAGCAGGAGCAGCGACAGCAACAGCAAAAGCUUCCAGUGCAGUUGCCACAGCCGCAACAGCAGCAGUGGCAACAACAACAACAACAACAACAACUGUUGUCUCGCCCACGCAUAGCAGCAAGCAGCAGCUAAUGCCAACGCCGCCUACAACACCAGCGCCAGCAGCAACAGCAACAGCACCCGCAGCAACAGUAACACCAACGGCAGCAACAACAGCAGCGACCACAACAGUUGCUGCCAGCAAACAGCAGCAGCAACCUGUGAAGCGCAGCAAGCGCAUUAGCGACUGCAUAGCCAUGCUGACAGGGAAGCUGGAGGAGAAGCUCAAGACUGAACAGCAGCCAGCAGAGAAGGAGCAACCGUUGCCGGCAACUGAGUCCGCGACGAUAGCUGCCGAGCAGCAACAGUUGCAGCCAAAGACGCCCAAACGCAAGGCCAUAUCCAGGCGCAUUAUAAAGCCGCCCAGCGAGACGACAACAGCAGCAGCAGUUGCAACAGCGACAACAACAAAAUCAACAACAACAACAGCAACAAGAACAACAGUAGCAGCAGCAGCGCCAGCACCAGCAGCAAUACCAGCUCCAGCAGCAGCAGCAGCAAUAGUUACUAAAGUGAUUGCAAGUGCAGCAGCAACAGUUGCUCCUUUGCCAUUACCUGUGCCAUUGCCUAUGCCGGUGCCGGUUGCUGUGCCUCUGCCUGUUGCUGUGCCCGUGCCAGUUGUUGUGCCUGCUGUGCGACGUGCCACGCCCACCAAGGCAGCCACCAAGCAAAUGCAGCCAUAUGUAAAUGAACAGCAACAACAACAUCAAUUGCAGCAGCAGCAGCAGCAACAACUUCAAUUGCAGCAGCUGCAGCAGCAACACCUCGUGCAGCAGCAACAUCAAGUGCAGCACACCCAGCAGCAACAGUUGCCGCUGGCAGUGUUGCCAUUGCCGCUGCCUUUGCCACUGCCUGUGCCACUGCCCGUGCCUGUUAAGCUGCCUGCACCACCUCAGCCAGCGCCGGCGCCGCCACCACCGCCGCCACCACCACCACCACCUGCACCAGCAACAGCAACAGCAGCUAUUGCACCAGUUCCAGUUCCAGUUCCAGCUGCAGCUGCAGCUCCAGCAACAGCAACAGCACCAGCACCACCUCCAACAGCAGCAGCUGCAGCUGCAGCAGCAACAUUGCUGUUGCCGAAAUUGCCAAUGUAUUUGCCAGUGCCAGCUAACUAUGUGAUGGAGCCGCAGCAGCCGCUAAAUCUGAGUCAUGUAAAGCAAACAGUUCAGAUGCAGCUGCAGCAGCAACAACAACAGCAGCAGCAGCAGCAACAGCAACAGCAGCAGCAGCAACGCAACUCAGCAAUGCCCGCGCGUCGUCAAACGAUUUGCGGCUUCGAGGCGCGCAAUCUGCUGCAGCUGGACGAGAUGCAGCCGCUGGAUUUGUCCAAGAAAUCCAAACGUAAAUCAUCGCCAGCACCAGCACCAACAGCAGCACCAGCACCAGCAGCACCAGCGCCAGCUCCUGCAGCGGCUGCUCUGGAGCAACUGCCAUUGGCCUUGGCACUGCCGCUUGCGCGUGGCACCGAGGCGGCCGCAGCCGCUGCUGCUGCGCAUUACUAUUCCAAUUUGGAUCUGUUGAAGAUACCGCAGGUGCGAAAUCCCGUGCUGCCGCUGCCAGUGGCAAUGCCCGCGAUGGUCGCGCAGACGCCGCCACUCGCCGUCAAAGCGCCGGCCAAGAAGCGCGCCUCAGAGCUGGCCAGCAAAAAGGAGAAGAUGCCCGCCACGCGCAUGGACGAGGUGAUCAACAAUCAUAUCGACGAUGCCAUCAACUCGGUUAUAUUGGCCGUGCAGGCCAGUUUGCCGCAGGAGGAGGAGGAGGAGCAGCAACAGCAGCAGCAGCAGCAGCUACAGCAACAACAGCAGCAGCAGCCACAAUUGCAAUUACAUCAGCAGCAAGUGCAACAGCAACAGUUGCCGCUGGCUGUGGCGCCCAGUGCUGGCGUCUUGUUCAGCACAACAGCAGCAGCAACCGCAACGGCAACGGCAACGGCAGCUGUAGCAGUGUCCACGCCAGCAACAGUUGCAGCAGCAGCAUCAGUAGCAACGACAGCUAUCACACCAGCAACAGUUGCCAAUGCUGCUGCUGCGCCGGCUCCUGCUGUGCCCGUUAGGCAUCUAACGCCAAAGAAGCGCAGCAUGCGCUCCAAGACCAUCGAUUGUCGCUCGGCAUUGCUGAUGACUGCCAUGCCGCCCAUUAUAACAGCCACGGCCACACCCACACCCACGGUCACGCCUACGCCGACAGCUGAGGUCAUGUUGCUGCCGGACAGCCCCCAAAUGCUAGCGAAUGACAAUGCGGAACAGCUAUUGGCACUGCCUCCAGCUUUGGUUACGCCCCCAGCGACCACGCCCACACCGCCAGCUGCAACACUGACGCCUAUGGUUGCCACACCCACCAGCCCAAGGCCAGCAUCGCCCAAGCGAGAGUUGUCGCCAAUGUCGCCGCAGCAAUUGCAGUUGCAGCUGCCGGCACCAAUAGCAGCGCCAACACCAGCAGAGGAAUCGUCGCCUGAAUCUCCCAUUGCUGACACGCCCACUGUGAAGCCAGCCAUGCCUGUGUCUGUCAUCUCUGUAGCGCCGCCCAUAACACCAGCUGUGGUAACAGCAGCAGCAGGUGUAGCAGGAGCAGCAACAGCAGCAACAGCAGCAACAGCAACAGUUUCAACUACAGAAACCGCAACAAUGGAAUCAACAUCGACAGAAACAACAGCAAUUGCGACUAGUGUGUGUCGCAGUGCCACGCCCAGCAGUGGGCACGAGCUCAAUUGCAGCGCAUUGCUCGAGGAGCACAGCAGCAACAUGAACAACAACAACAACACAUCGUCCGGCUUUCAUAGUUUGCCGCAAACAGAAUUGCUGCCGGCAAUCGCAAUUGAAGUUGAGCCAGAGCCGGAGACAAAGCUGGAAAAGAAAUCGGAGGAUGAACCAAAACCCGAAUCUCUGCCAGAGCCAGAGCCACAGCGAGCUCCAGCUCCAGCUGCAGCAUCAGCACCAGAGGCUGAGGCUGAGGCUGAGCCAACGCCGCCCAAGGAGGAUGCCAAGAAAAAGCAGCGACGUCGCCGCAAGAACGAGCUGGCAGCAAUUGUUGCCGAUCAGCUGCUGGAGAGCUUUAAGAUCGACAAUGCGCGGCGCGACAAUCUGAAGAAGCUCGAGAAUCUGGCGUACGAGAAGAGCGAGGAUCUGUUGCUGACGGGCAUGUUGCUCAUGUCCAGCACCAAGCGCAAUGCGUCGCUCAAUCAGCAACAGUUGUCGGCACCGACAGCAACAGCAGCAGCAGCAGCAGUUGGCGGCGACGCGAAGCGCUGCAAAACGGAGAAUGCGCUGCCCGAGCCAGCAGCAACAGUUGGUGCUGCUGCACCGGCUGGACGCGGUCGACCCAAGCGCCGGCAGAGCUGCUACUACAGGCGGGGGCGUGGCAAGGCGGCGCCAUUGGGACCGGAGACGAAUAUAAGUGCAUUGAAAUCGUCGCUGGAGAGCUUCUCCAAUUGCAUCGAGAAGCAGCUGCUGGCGAAGGAGGCGAAAGAGGCGGCAGCAGCCAAAGCCACGCCCACUGCUAGCUGCAUUCUGCGACCGAGCAUCCUGUGCACGGCAGCAAAAGAGCAGCAGCAACAGAAGCAACAACAGCAACAGCAGCAGCAACAGAAUCUGAAACAGCAGCAGCAGCAGCAGCAACAGCAGCAACAACAACAGCUGCAGCAGUUGCAGCAGCAACAACAGCAGCAACAGCCAUCGCCAACAACAGCAACUGUUGCUGCUGCUGCUGCUGCUGCUGCCGCCUUGCCCACCUACAGUCGUGAUCCGCGUCUGAAUAAGAACAUACACAAGGAGGAGCAACAUCAACAGCAGCAUCAACAGCGACAAGCGGCACAGCAGCAUCAGCAACAACAGCAGCAAUCACAGCACCAACAUCAGCAGCACCACCAGCAGCACGGCGACAAUCUGGAAGAGGAAGACAACUAUCUAACGGAAAUAGCUAAGAAUGUGAACGAGAAGAUCAUGUCGGCUGCCAAUGAGGACUUUGAAUUUGCCAACGAUGAGUUCGACCAGGAGGACAAGGACGACCAGGAUAAGUUCUAUCGUCCGCCAACCUCGAUGAGCGUUCGCAGCGCUCCAAAUCUCAAUGAUGAGCACUCGAAUUUCGGCACCGACGAUGAGAAUACAAACACCGAGCUGAUGGACAUGGACAUGGAUGACGAGAUGAGUGUCUAUACGAGCUACUCGCAGGAUGUGGGUCGCUCGGGUCGCGGUCGUCGGCGCCGGCGACGGCGCAGCGUGCUGCUGACACGCCGGCCCAAGAAGCGCAGCAAUCGCAGCGCCCAGCUGGACGAGGCGGACAAGUUCGCCUGCCAGCUGUGCGGCAAGAGCUUCUUCACAUCGACAUCGCUGUCCAAGCACAACAUGACGCUGGCUCACGUCUCCAAGCUGUCCGAGCUGGAGUAUUUGCAAUCGAAGAGCAAUGCACCGCCCAGUCCACGGCCAGCAGCAGCAAUGGAGGCAGCAACACCAGCAGCAACAGCAGCAGCAGCAACAGCAGGAGCAACACCAUCAACUGAGCAACAAUUUGUCCAACAGCUGCAACAGCUACGCGCCUCAGUGCUUGUGCCAACAGAGGCUGCUGCUGCUGCGGCGGCGGCGGCGGCUGCUGCAGCGGCAGCGGCAGCUGCUGCUGUUGCUACUGCUCCUGCGCCUGAAGCACAGCUACCUUCUAGUCAUCAUGUCAUCACGGAAGAGAGUCUGCGCUUACAUGACAACCAGCAACAGCAACACUCUCAGCAGCAGCAGCAGCUGCAGCAACAGCAACAACAACACUCGUCGAGUCCCGCCCACAGUGCUGCCCGCCUUAAUCUCAAUCCCGACGAGCGUCUCUUUUACGAGUGCUGCAACAUAUUGAAGAGUGCCACGGCAACGGCAACGGCAACAACAACGCCCUCGGUAAUUGUCAGUGCUGCCGGACGCAAGCCCGUGGAGCUGCUGACGCCCGCUAGUCCGCCAGCAGUUGAGAUAUUGUCGUCGCCCGCAUCGCCGUCGCCGUCACCUCCGCCAGUGCCACUGCCAGCAACAGUUGCAGCUGUCUCCCAUCAGCCAGUUAUACAGCAGCUCUUUCGUAAUCCGCCCGCUGCCACGCCCACCAAUCACCAUUUGUCACAUCAACAGCACAGUCAGCAGCAGCUGCAUCAGCACAAUCAGCAGCAGCAACAACAUCCACAACAUCCACAUCAUCCGCAACAUCCGCAACAUCCGCAACAUCCACAUUCACAUCACCACCAUCAUCAUCAUCAUCAUCAUCACCAUCAGCGUAUGUCGCCAAGCUACUCGGCCACAUCACAGUUCUCAGCGCUGACUGCAACAAACAUGACCACAUCGCGCUUCAAGACCAAAGCCGCCAUGAAGGGCUACGAGACGAGCGUCACGCAGCUGCCAGUGGACAUGGAUGUGGCCAAGACGACGCGUGCGGUCUGCAAGCUCACCGAAUUGGCGGACAUUGCGCUGGGCAGCGAGAAGCCAACGGGCGUGGACUAUAUGCCCGAGCAAAUGCUAAACGAGCAACAGCAACAGCAACAGCAACAGCAGCAACAUUUGCAACAGCAACAACAAUUGCAGCCAGGCACUACUGUCGCCGAGCAGAGCUCAACAUCAUCCAAGACCAUUAUGCACGCCUCGUCCAUAAUUAAGGCCACAGUUGCAACAGUUGCUGCCAGCAGCGCCACCCUGCCGCCGGCCUCUGGACGCAUCAUUAUACCCGAGCGUCCGUUCAAGAACAUUGGACUGGAGGAGAAGGCGCCCAUUACGUUCCAGAAGCCCAAGACGAGCGUCAAUUUGCUGACGGAGGACAACAACAGCGUCUCGACGGCGAGCUAUUCGGAUCGGGAUGAUUAUGAUUUUGGUACGCUGAGCUGUGAGGAUGUGGACGGUGAUGCGGAUGGGGAUGGGGAUGGAGAUAGUGUGAAGCAACAGCAGCAUCUGCCGCAGCAGCAACUUCAGCAGCAACAACAGCAGCAACAGCAACAACAACAGCAGCAGCAGCAAGUGGUCAAGUCAUCGGCAGCGCACGUGGCCAGCUCUAGCGGCUCCAGCAGCUCCUCUUCGUCCGGCUCAACAACGCAGCACAGCAACAGCAGCAGCAGCUCAAGUCGCGCCACCGCCAAGACCUUUGAGAACAAAUCCCUCAUAAUGGGACGCAUCUUCAAGCAUGCGAGCACAGCGACAACUAAGCUGACCGUGAAGAGUGCGCCCAAGGAUAAGGCACAGUUGGAUCAGCUGUUCGAUGAGCUGCGUGGAGCAGCCAAGCCGCAACAACAGCAGCAGCAGCAGCAGCAGCAGCAGCAACAACAGCAGCAGCAGCAGCAACAACAGCAACUGCAGCAGUCGACGCAGCAGCAAAAGUUGCAGCCAGCGGCCAAGAAGAACGCCAAGGCAAGAGGACGAAAGGCAACUGGAGUAAAGAAAGCUGCUAGCCAACCGCCACGCAAAGAUCUGUCCAAGUUGCAGACGGAGCUGGGCAUGAGCACUGAGGACUUGGAGCAGCUCAUCGAUGAGGGUCAUCGGAAAUCGAAGCGACGCUGCGCCACAAAUCGACCCAAGAAGCUGGUCGAGACGUGGAGUUCCGAUGAGUACGAAGAGUUCCUGUCCACCAAGGAUAUCAUAGCUUUAAUUGAGCAAAAGGAGCAGCAGGAGCAGCGACGCAAGCGCAAGGUCAGCGAGGCGCAGACGGAGACGUUUGCAGCGCCGCGAGAGAAAGCGGCGCAGUCCGUGACGAAUGCCAAGAGUCGCAAAGGACGCAAGCAGGAGCAACAGCAGCAGGAGCAGCAGCAGCAGCAGCAGCAGCAACAACAACCAGUGGAGCCGGUGCUGCAGCCCAAGCGAGCGCGGCAGCGUAUUACAGAGCCAGCCACGCCCACCAAGCAAGCAAAGGCACCGCGUGCCAAGACCGUAGCCAAGCCGCCAAAGGCGCCCAAGAAGCCAGCGGCGAGCAGCAAAAAGCGUGGCAAGCAGCAGCAAGCAGCGGAACAGCAGGAACAGCAACAACAAGAACAACAAAAGCAGUCGCAGCAGCAGCAAGCGCAACGGACGCGCAGUAGUCGACAGCAGCGAACGCUAGAGGAAUCACCGGAGCUGAAUCAUUGCCAGGAACAGCCGCAGCCGCAGCAGCAACAGGAGACGGCAGCGAGCAGUGCGAGCAAGCAGAAGUCGCGAAGCAGCAGCAGCAGCAAUAAAACUGCCACAGCAACAGCUGCAGCUGCAGUUGCAACAGCUUCAGCGGCGACGCCAGAAGCAACAGCAGUAGUUGCUGUCACAGCUAACAACAAUAACAACAAUAGCAGCAGCAGCAACAAAAACUUGAAAACGAAACGAAAGUCGCAAACGCAUCGCCAAUCGCCGGCGCGCAGGAAGCGACCGGCGAGCGAGAAACAGCUUUAUUAUUGGAGCAGCUCCAGCGACGAUGAAUUUGGGCGCAUCAAUGUGGAGGCCGCCGAAGCAGCUGCAGCUGCAGGUGCAGCAGCAGCAGCCGAGGCAGCACUGUCACAAGCCCAGUCACCUGCCGAUGUGACAUCCAAUGAGCAACAGCAACAUUCACAUGCACAGUCACAGCAUCAGCAACAACAGCAGCCACAACAAUUAACGACGAAACAUUUUGAUGAUAGUGAGCAAUAUCAGAAACACGGCUGGAUCGUUGGUGAUUCGCACAAGAAGCUGGUUAAGCUGCUGGCCAUUGCCAAGGGCAACAAAAAGGUGGAAAAUUGCGGCGUCAAACGGCGCACGCCCAAACGCAAAUGCUAGAAGAAGAGGAACAGUGGGAGGAGGAGAAGAUGCGUCGUCGUCGCCGCCGCCGUCGCAGCUGGCCGGGAACACUGCCAACUGCAAUUCAAAAAUUCAAUUGAAGCGGCAAACAAGAAUGUAUUUCAUAUAUGUUUUUUCUUUCUUUAAACAAACACAUCUAAGCGUUACAUUAUUUAGGUUAUUCUCUAUUUUUUUUUUAUUAAAUGUAUUUAUAAUUAAUAAACAAAAAAUUGCGCAAGCAACAAAUAAAGAUUUGAGCACAAUUAAA